CAAGACUUAAGUGAGCACAGCGACUGCGAAGCUUCCUCUGCUUCUAUAUGCCUCAUCAUUUUACUCUUCGGCUUCCUCUCUCGCAGCCAUUCCUUACUUUGGAGGGUUAUCAGCAAGUUUUCGCCAGUCUUCCAAUGGAUACUAUUCUGGGAAUCGCCAACAAUGCCAUCGGUCUCAUCGUUCAAAAGGUCACCGACGUCAGCGGAGUCAAAGAGAAGAUGGACGCUUUGGAAAUGAAUAUGCGAAUGGUGUCGGCAAGGAAGGCUGACAUAGUUUUGGAACUAGAGCAGGAAGAGAGGAGACCGGGGAAGAAAAGGAAGAGAGAAGUCGAUGCGUGGAUGCAAAAUGCAGCGUCGCUGGAGGAUCGAGUCCACAAGGUGGGACGAAAAGUGGAAGAGGGGCAUUUCUUUUCUCAUCUCACGUUGGAGAACCAGGUGAGUGGCCUCGCGACUCAAGUGGAAAAAUUGCAGGAGAUGGGUAGAUUUGAUCACGGUCUCACGCUGGAUGUGGAACUGGCCGGAGGCUAUGAGCUGCCUCCUGGUGAACCAGUGGGACAAGCUUCUCAAACAAAAUGGGAUGAGAUUUGGGAUUGCUUGAUCGACGGGGAGGUGCUCCGAGUGGGCCCUUGGCACUACGUAGAGGUGUCAAAAUGGGUCAAUUUAAUAUGAAAGGUAUAUUUAUGACCCAAAAAAACAAUUGUUCGGGUUCAUGACCCAUUUAGAACAUUAGGUUGAAUCACCCUGGCACUGUGCAAGUGCAUGAUGAAUAGAGACAUGCCACCACCGAUCUCGGCCCUCGCAAGCGGCCGCAGCGCUCGCCGCCACGCCGCCAUGGCCCACCUCCGUCCGUCUCUCUUCCCCUCGUGUCGGAUCUGAGCCAUCUCUAUCUCUCUCUGGCUUCGUUCUUUUUUUUUUUUUUGACUCGUCUCGGUCUUCAUCGUCUCCGGCCCCGACGGCCGAUCCUCGCCGCCUCCAGCUUCGACGCCGCGCCUCUGUGACCUCAAUUUUGAGGCAGACCAAGUUGCUUGACGAAGGAUCAAGGCUGAUAGGAACAGUUUUGGCAGCGUGUCGUUUGGCACGCGAGCAACCAGAUCUUCCCCGCUGCAACUCUAUAUUCUUCUGGCUUCGCUUCUUGAUCGCAGAGGGGCUACUCUGUGUUGCUUCCGCUGAAGACGACUCUGCACAAUCCGCGAAAGAUGCCGAAGCUGAAGUCUUGGUCUGCGGCGGAGCUGAAGAUUUGAAGUUGGGGCGGUGUUGUUUGAAAUCCUUCUUAUUGUCUAUCUGGACUUUGGUGAUCUUGAUGCUACGCAUCUUGCUUAUUUGUAAUUGAAAGCAAAGCUUUUUCUGUCUGUGCUGAUAAGUAGAUUGAAAGAAUAAGGUUGGCUUUGGUCCUCCAUCUUUUGUUGAAGAACAAGUUUGAGAUUAUCGUUUUCUUGAGUUGAAGGAUGAUAUUUGUCUCCCUA